GGCGCUGCAACUUUCGGUGCCAUGGCGAUCAUCACGGACAACGUUUUGCCAAGAGUAUAUUCGAGCUGUCUUCCUAGUUGACCAACCGUCAGGGCCAAGAGUUUUAGUCAAGCCCAAUGAAAGAUUCUAAACAACCCGUCAUCGCAUUCUUGAGGCAAUACCGGCGUGACCGUCGUGCAUGGCGUGCCUCACAACAAUUUCUCCCAGUUCACUUCAUGUAAUUUGUCUACUACCAACUUUCCUCCGAUUCAGUGAGGUGUUGGCCGCGUUGCCGUCUCGGACGCUUCCAUACUUCCUGCUUUGAUGGCGUUCCUCCAGCCUCGCUUGAUUAUAUCGGCCGCGCCGCACAGUUGUCUCCCUGUCUCCCUAGCUGGUCCACUGGCGUACCUCAAGGCAAUGAUCAAUGACAAUGAUUUUGGAGUUGAUGGCUGCUGUCAGUCUAUUCGCCUACCCGCCACUCGUUAUCUUGCAUCCCUGAUUGUUUCCUUACUGACAUCUCCGUUGCUCACACCGGUACUCGCACGCCUCCACCCUUGCUAAUGACCGUAUAAUUGGUUAUCUCUGCACUGUAUUUACCCUGCGCGCCACUGUCCGCUUUGAUAAUGACCCUCAUCGAUUCAUGCCCUUAUUGUCCGCAUUUAUAUUUUGCCCGUAUUGGGUGCGUGUAUGCCUCGCACUACCUUUUCCAUUCGGUGCAAUCAUUGGCAUUCGCAUUACAUGACUGAUAUACCCCUCCAGAUGUCCCUGAUAUGCUUGGGUGUCUAGUUCAUUCUCCGUAAUGAUAUGUAUGUUUGGUUUUG